CACCACUGUUUACAGUGAAAGAGAGAACUAACUGGCAACGAGAAUUAUCAAACAUCAGACGGUUUAUGCCCGUUGGAUCUGGACUUGGAAACGAUGAAGUGGACACUCCUGUGACACACAACUGCCUGAAUGGAGUCCUCGCGUUGCCCAGGGAGUCUCUCCCGUGAAUACAAGCUGGUGAUGCUGGGAGAGGGGGGAGUGGGGAAGAGCGCCAUCAUCAUGCAGUUCAUCAGCCACAGAUUUCCAGAGGACCACGACCCCACUAUUGAGGAUGCAUACAAGACUCAGAUUCGUAUCGAUGAUGAGCCCGCCAACCUGGACAUCUUAGACACUGCUGGACAGGCUGAGUUCACGGCGAUGCGUGACCAGUACAUGCGCGCGGGUGAGGGCUUCAUCAUCUCCUACUCCAUAACGGACCGCCGGAGCUUCCAGGAGGCGCGGCACUUCAAGCAGCUGGUCUACCGCGUACGCAGGACCCUGCACACACCCGUUGUUCUAGUGGGGAACAAGUCAGACCUGUCACACCUUAGACAGGUGUCAGUAGAGGAGGGUCGUGAGCUCGCACGAGAGUUCCAGUGCCCGUUCUUUGAGACUUCAGCGGCGUACCGCUACUACAUUGAUGAGGUGUUCGUGGCGCUGGUGCGUCAGAUUCGGCAGCGCGAGGCGGAGGGCGUCCGCGACGGCGAGCGCAAGACACGGCGAAGCCACUCCCUCUGGAGCCGCCUCAAGGCCCCCUUCCACAGGAAACACCCCUCCGAGCACUGACACACACACACACACACACACACACACACACUUUCUGUUCUUGUCCCGCCCACUCACUUCCUGUCCUGCUUCACAUGGUGUUCACUGUUUUUCGCAGUGACACCAAACAAAUGAGUUUCGUUUUUGAAAUCAAGUAGAUAUAAAUGACUACUGGUUUCAAGCAAAAAAAAAACCCAUAGAAAACAGUGAUGUGUAGGUUUUAUGUCUAUGCCACUGGAUGCUACUUAUACCUGCUUCAAAGGCACAGAAUCGAAGGUGUAUUACGUCAUGAAAAUAAGGCCCAUUGUGGCAUACCGUGGUUAUUCAUUAUUACAUUGCACUUAGCUGGUGCGUUUUCUUAUCCAAAGCGACUUCGAUACACGUUACAGUCCCUGGAGCAAUGUGGGGUUAGUGUGCCUUGUUCAAGGGCACUUUAGCCAUAGGUGGAGGUGUAGAGAAAGGUAAGGGUGGGAUUUGAACCUGCAACCCUGCGAUCUACAGUCCAACUCCCUAACCAUUACACCACGACUGCCGAUGGUUGUCCAUUCACUUCCUGUCCUACCCCUUCGACUUCCUGUCCUGCUCCCCAUGGUAUUGUGGGUUACCAUGGUCCUCCCCUGGGAUCUCCACGUAUAUGGAUCUAUAUGAAUAUAAAUAUAUUAUGUAUAUGCUUCUCCUUUGAUAGGAGGGCAGUGACUCUUAGCGUAGUGCAGGAGCACUAGUGUUAAAGCAUACACUCCACAUCGCUCGGUGAUUGUCUGUUAUAACUGUCAGUCUUUUUUAAUGUGUUACUGUAGACAGGCGUCUUGUUUGGCUGUGAUAGCUGUCAGUCAUGAUUUGGACAGAAGUGUCAGUUCGUGGCCAGUUGAGUGGCCAUGUUAACUGUGUAGCAUUGCUAUCUGUGUAACAGUUCUAGCUGUUUAGCAUUGCUCGCUGUGUACCGUUGCUAGGUGUAUAGCAUUACCUUUUGUGUAAUGCUAGCUAGCUUUAUAGCAUUGUUAGUUCUGUGUAGACUGACGUACUGAUUUUGGUAGUUAGUGAUAAUUCUAUUGAAUAAUUGAAUUGAAAUGGGUGUUUGUUGCUUUCUUUAUUUUGUGAAUUUCUUGACAAAGUGCUCUGGUAGAUGCUGUUUGGAGAAGAAAAGGAGAGGGGAAGAAGGAAUAUGAGAUGACGGGUGGAUUAGAAAGGAGAGGAGGAGUGGAGAGCAGGUUGAAUGGGUCAGUGCUGAAGGAGCAGAAAGAAGAACAACGCAUGUCAAUAGGGGAAGAAGGAAGAAAACGAAGAAGGAAUAUAGACACAAUGGGUAGAUGGAAAGACUAAAAGAAAGAGAGAAAGAAAGGAGGAGGGAAGUAGACAGAUUUGUUAUUGAUGGGAACUGACUCAGACUUGACUGAUCUUUUCUAUAGUGACAUGCACACACACACACACACACACACACACACACACACACACACACACACACACACACACACACACACACACACUCGGGUGGUGGGCAGACCAUUCCAGACUGCAGUCAUUUGCAUAUAAUGCAGCAGCAUGUAUUUAAGUUCUUACACAGACGGGCAGAGUGAGUGCCAUUUGUCAAUAUACUACUCCCCAACAGGGUGAACAGAGGCCUGAAAAGUGCUGAGAGUAAACUAGAAGGCCAGUUUUAGAAAGUACAUGGGUAAAUAAAUGUUGUUUUGGGCUCAGACGUCUGGCGCAACGGCAUCUAAUGCCCAUAAAUGAAUUAGUAAUUGGUGGUUGAUAUGCAAUGAAUAUGCUUCUCAGAUAGUCCACUAAAAACAAAAACAAAACAAAAAUCCAUGCAAUAGUGGCCGCCCUGACGUGUGCUACUGCUGAAACGUCACUGACCCACAUACUUAUUGCAGACAUACCUUGAUCUUCCUAAAUAGCACAUUUCUGCAAAGCAUUUUGGACCCGAGUCACAAUGGCAUGGCCACGGGUGCACAUCUCAAUCAGGCCCACCCAAUCAGAGGGCCCCAUAUGAAUAGUCAAUUGAUUGGUUAAUUAAUUGAUUGAUCGAUAGGUUGAUUGAUUAAAUGUUGUAUUAGUGAUAAUAACCUACAUGUUUUGGGUUUUAUCUCGCCAGAUUUUGUUGUUGUUUUUUUCCUUUUGCUGGGCCCUCACGUGUUACAAUUCCUGACUGGGAGAGGGGGCAUAUGACUGGGGGAUUGUGCCUGCAUACCAGUAUCCAUCCUCCUGUUGCUUCCUCACAGCUCCAACCUCGUGGUUCGAUGUCAUCGACGAUGUGUCAAUACACAAAGAGGUGAGAGGACAAGGAUGGAGGAAGGAGGAGAGACGCAGGCCUGCAUGUGUAACGGAUGCCAACUAGCAGAGUAAGGCGGUAGAAUGCUAAACCUCACUCCUGAAGCCUCAUUGAGAUCUGGUAGCACUCAGCAGAGUUGAAAAGUAGAAUUACUCUUAAAGAUGUAAUUGCAACAUUAAUAACAUUGAUAUUACAUGGCUUCAACUUUGCAAUGUCAUACUACUAGUGUUGUUAUUACAACUGUAAGAGUACUUUUACUUCUACUUUACAAUUCUCUGGCACUCAGCUAUCGGUCCCUACUGUUGGCCUUUAGCUCAGUUGUGUAUAGUACCUGUGCCUCCCAUUCCAAACUGACGCGCCUGAAAUGGAAAGUCACGAGCCCUAAGUGGCAGACUGGGCGUUUGAGUUACACAUGUGAGUGCUCAAUUCUGCUAUCCUCCCUUCAUUCCUCCAUUAUUUCCUCCACGGGAGGAGGGGCAACGACUGGAGGAUGGAUACUGAGAUCAUAGACGUAGAACAUUAGACGCCCCCCUUUUUCACAGCAAUCCUGGUAGCCAUUACUUGGAGGAAGACCUGAGAAAUGUAAAUGAAUGGUGAAGGGGUCUGUCAAAAAAUGGCCUGAGAUUUUCAUCAUCACACUAUACAGGGACAAUAGUUGAAGUCUGUUGCUAAAUAUCUACAUAAUUAGACUGAUUUUAAAAUGUAUUUUAUCAACUCGUGACUUGGAUAUUAAGUCUGACAUUUCAAAUCUGGCCCUUGAUUAAUGUGUCACUUCAUAUUCACAGUUUUAGUCCAUUUUUUGACAUCAUUCUCCCAUUGAUUUGCAUCAUUCUACACUACCUAUUACUACAUAAGAUGGAGGCUGCACUUUCCGUUUUCCAGUGCUGUCGCAAAUUGCAGCGUCACCUCUAGUCUAAUAUUCUAUGUCUAUCAUUGAGAUAUUUACUUUGUCUGCAGUGGCCAUGUGGUAUAGAGACCCUUUGGGGCCCAUACUGAGCUGGGCAGUGCCUACAUCAUACUGUACUGUACUUCCACUCCACAAUGUUGUUGUGCCAAUGUGAUCCUCUUUGUUUCUCUCAACGUAACACAAAGGUUACACAAAUGUUGUGGGAAUGUUGUUUUCAUGUGUUAGUUUCUGUCAACACAUUACGCAAAUGUUGUGUUAAGGUUUUUUUCCCUGCAGGUUUUGUCAGCUAUAACACUGUUGUGCUAUUUUUUCCUGUAGUUUAUUUCUGUCAACAUUACGAUUAUGCAAUGUUGUGUGAAUGGGAUCCUAGUUGCAUUGUUUCAGUGUUGCGUGAAUAUGACCCAAUUUCCUGUUUUUUUAUUUGCUGGUUUGUUUGUUUGUUUGUUUGUUUGUUUGUUUGUUUUUGUGACAGCACCUGCUGAGCGCUUGUGCCAGACAUGUGUGAGACAGUUUGGACGUACCAUGUGACAAAAAAUUCCUGGUUAGCUAUCUAUUCCCCAAACUAGGCUAUCGGUGUCUUGAUUUUUUUGUGAUUUUUAUUUGUUUUGUAUCAUGAUAAUGAUGAUAUUUCCUAAUUUAUUGUCAUUUUAACACUCCAAUAAAAUGAACUCCUGUUUUACAA